AUGCAGCCGGACGCGCAGAAUGCGACCACAACACCGAAAGCGCCACUGGAAUGGGGUCAGAUCAACUUCCUGCAUACCACGGAUACCCAUGGAUGGCUGGAAGGUCACAUCAAGGAACAGAACUAUGGGGCCGAUUGGGGUGAUUACGCCAGCUUCACCAAGCACAUGAAGCAGAAGGCUCGGAACCUAGGGGUCGAUCUGCUUCUGGUAGACACAGGGGACUUACAUGACGGUGCUGGACUUAGCGACGCGACGACUCCCAAUGGCAACGUCUCGAACGCCAUUUUCGAAAACAUUGAUUACGAUCUGUUGACCAUUGGAAACCACGAGCUCUAUGUUACCGAAAUUGCCUACGAGACCUUCAACAACUUCUCCAAGGUUUAUGGCGACAAGUACCUCACUAGCAAUGUGCAGAUCAAGAACCCUGCUACUGGCCAGUUCGAGUACAUUGGGUCUCGUUACCGUUACUUCACCACAGAGCAGGGUAAGUCGAUCAAUCGUGAAAUUAACAAUAUGCUGAUAGAAUUAGGGCUCCGCAUCAUGGCUUUUGGCGUCCUCUUCGACUUCACCGGCAACAGCAACGUCUCCAAGGUCAUCAAAGCAGCCGACAUGGUGAAGCAGCCGUGGUUCCAACAGGCUGUCAACUAUACCGAGCCAAUCGAUUUGUUCGUAAUCACCGGCCACAACCCGGUGCGCACCAGCGUUUCUAGCAGUACAAUGGGUACUGUCUUCAAAGCCAUCCGCAGCAUGAAACCAGACGUACCCAUUCAAGCUUUUGGUGGACAUACCCACAUCCGAGACUUUGCCGUAUACGACGACAAAGCUACAGGAAUUGAGUCUGGUAUGUACUUUGGACGUGCUUUGAAAGAAGUGGCUAACAUAGUCUUAGGUCGUUACUGCGAGACAUUAGGCUGGGUCGCCAUGUCUGGCAUUGAAUCGAAGACCUGCAAGGCGCAGCAUAACCCUAAAGGUGUACCUAACCCGACACGCAGCGCGGUAGUACCGGCAAGCACUGGAACUGCAUCGGCUAGUGCACAUCUGCCUACGUCUACUUCCAACUCCACUCUCCGCUACGCGCGAAGAUACCUUGAUUGGAACCGUAACACAUUUGCCUACCAUGCCAAGGGAAGUCAACGAUACACCGCGUUCGACACAUCUGCCGGUGUCAGCGUUACUAAUGAGAUUACAUCGGAACGAGCCAAGCUUAACUUGACUGAUUUGUAUGGUUGCGCCCCAGCGACAUACUGCCAGUACUGCAAGCCAUUCCUAGCCGAAGGCAACAUCUUCGGACUCCUUCAAACAGCGUUGGCCACCGUCGUCGUAAACGAGACGCGCAAGGACAUCCCCAGACUCAUCAUCAUCAACACCGGAUCAGUCCGCUUCGACCUCGCCAAAGGCCCCUUCACCUACGACGACUCCUUCAUCGUCUCCCCAUUCAAAGAUGCCUUCCAGUUCAUCCCCGACGUACCCUACGAGCAAGCCUCCCAAGUCCUCGGCAUACUAAACGCCGGUCCCUUCCAGAAGAAGAAGCGCGACCUUGAGACCGCCGACUUCGGCUUCAGCCCCAUCCUCGCAGACAGAGACGCCUGCCUCGACCCGCCACUCACCCACCACUACGAAGGAGUUACCCGCCGUUCAAAGCAAGGCGGCCGUCUCAUCCGCCGUCAAUCCACAGCCCCCAACCCAGGCUACACGACAAAAGACGACUUCGGCACCGACGGAGAUGACACCGUUCACUCAACCAUCCCUAAUUACUCUCAACCCAAUGAUCUCCAGGCGAACGCUUCCUUCCCGCUCGAUGGGUCGAUGCCAAAGACUGUUGAUCUUGUUUUUCUGGACUUUAUCGCUAGCUACAUCGUUGACGCUUUGAACCAGCCUGAUGUUGGUGGUGACUUUGCGCUGAGCCAGGUGGAGUACUAUAUCGAUGAGAGCUUUACGACUAAUAGCUAUUUGCCGGCGUAUGCGAAGGUUGCUUGGCAGGCGGAUGUGCCGAGUUGUCCGGUGGGUGAGGGGAUUGGUGCUGCGUCGUGA